CCAAUCGCCACCGCCCGCAAUGACCAGCGUAAGCACAGUAGCUGCCAGACUGAGAGCCGCCGCCCUUGGGCGAGGUUCGAGGUUCGUGCCGCUUCGUCCCCCGCCAUGAGGGACGCGAGCUGCCUAGUCAUCUGUCUCCUGGUUUGGACCCUGGUGACCUGCUCGUGUCUCGGAGAGGAUGUCCAUCAAAUCUGCUCCACUCGGUGCUGCUCCAGUUGCGAUGAGCUCCCUAGCGUGACCUGCCACUGUCCCAACCGUCGACUGGUGAUCGGCAACGAGAGCAUUCCAAACACUAUCGAGAGCCUCCACGUCGUGGACGCUGAUGUCGUCACCAUCAAAGAAAAUGCACUUCAUUCUUCGCCAUCGCUCAGAGAGUUGGAGCUGCGCAACAUCAAUCGGCUUGUACUGAAACCUGACGCCUUCAACUUGCCGGAAAACUCAAAGCUGCGAAACGUCAAUUUGACACACAUUUUGAGCGUCGAAGUGCACGGCACGGCAAUUUCAGGGUGGUGGGAUUCGUCGACAAACUUCGGAAUGAAUGCCGUAAACAAUCUGAAAUUUCACCAGAGCGCCGUGAACCAUUCCUCAUCAUUGGCGGGACCGAUCCUACGCCUGGAAGGGAUAAACGGACUCCGGCUGGCGCCUAAGUCGCUGAACUCCCAGAUCAAACGGCUGACUAUGAAAAAUGUGCGGAUGGACAUUUGUCACGAAGACAGCUUCACCGGUAACAUAGAUCAUUUGACGAUGGACGGAGUUAAGAUUGUCGACACACAGAAACACUGCAUUGCUCUGCCGCACUCGUCAACACUGGAUAUCAAAAACUCCAACUUCAAACACAUCCACGCUGAAGGCAUAUCGGGUAAAGUGAAGCACGUACAAAUCGUCGACAGCUCUUUCUGGGAUUUACAGGGCAAAGGCAUUAGUAUGCAGGUUGAUCGGCUGGGCAUUCAUUCUUCACGCUUCCGAACUUUGGACACUGGCGCACUGGACGUAAAGGCCAACAGCUCGGUCGUCCUGCAGAACGUCACCGUAGGGAUUCUCAGACCGCGUGCCCUAUUCGACAUCACUACAUCCAGCACAGCAGGAGCAAACUCAACAUUGUCAAUUAAUGGGCUGAACAUCACUCACGCCGAAAACAGCUCAUUGGCUCUCUCUGAGCAUGUCAAAGCUAGCGUCACGAACCUCCAUGUCAACAUUUCACAGUCAGACUGCUAUGCGAAGGAGCUCUUCUGGCUGGUGGGGAAGUCGAGUGCCAGCGCCCUGACGCCAGCAGAGGAGGGGAUCCUGCACCAGCUAGGAGACCCGUCCCAGUGCCCGUCACCGAAACCAACCCCGCCGAUCGCCGCCCCGACAAGCCCUACGCCUGAUCGUAGACUUCACGACGGUCGGCCGUCCGAGAGUCACGGUCGAUUCAGCACUCCUCCAGGCACGGGCGAAGAGAGACCCACGCCGACCGCUGCGACCGCGGACGUCGCUCACAAGACCGUGGAAAUGGGGGCACCAAAGGACAACAGUGAGAAGGCACCCAACUCGGCAGCGGCCAGCAUAGGGACCUACUGGCAGACGGUCGUUCUCACAAGCGCGGCACUGGCUUGGUCGUUCGUGACGAGUAGAGUCUAUUCGACACGGCUCUGAGGUGUUGGGCUCUCCAACAAGCCUGGCUUAGUUAGGUGAACUCCAACAUAGGCGGCGGAACGGGGGGGGGGGGAUGGCACCGCGGCACCGUGCCCCCUUUGAUUUUGGCGUUUUAACAUUAGCCCUAUAUGGGCGUUGCAUGGAAAGAAUGGGACCAAAAGUCAGCAGUGCACCCUUAAUUGAAGGUGUUCCGCCGCUACUGAGCUCCGACGGAGGCACAUUUAGACCUUGCAUGAACUUGACCAGCACUUGCCUCUGUCCCUUUAUAUAUCUAGCGUGCAUGUGUUGGGUGUGUAGAUGAGCGCGCCUUCUGAUUUAGUGAUUUGGUAUUGCUUUCUGCAUGUUAAUCUGCUCAUGGUCUCUACAUACUAGCAUCGGUAUGGUAUAGCGGUCAAUCAAGUUGCCGCAUUUAGGGUGACUAUUCCUCUUUUUGCAUGCUAUCAUGAUAGCGUUCUGUCUGUAUGCUUAUUUCACUCUCCUAUCAGGGAAUGCCGCGACUAGAUUUUUCUUUUUAUUUGGGGGGGGGGGGAGUUAACAUAAGGUUCUGUGCGUCGCUGGGACUGCGGGGGGGGGGGGGGCACUCCUGAUCAUCUGUUCAUGAAUGACGGACAGUAAAAAAUGUUACAUUUAUGCUAAAUGUUGCUUGCUUUCUGUGCCAGUGAUAGCCGUCAAAUAGGUGUUGCAUCAGUGAUAGUCGUCAUCACGGCUGCUAUGCCAGCGACAGCCCCGUCGUCAACGUGAUAGUGACAAGUCAGGUCAGCCUCCGCGCUGGCCCGUCAGGUCAGCCUCCGUGCUAGUGUGACGUGUAAGCGCCGAGUCGACAGUUUUGACCGCAGGUGCAUUGAAUCACGCGUGUGAAUCAGCCAGGUGAAUAAAAGGAAUGCAGAUAUGUA